GGCAGGGCAUUUGUCUAGCAUAAACAGCCCUGGGUUCAGCCAAGCUUCAACACGGAGACAGUCUGCAUUCUAUCAGAACCCUUAGGCUCUGGAUUCUAGGUCCAGCAGCAACCAGAGAAACCAUGCAGGUCAUCCUUGCUGUGAUGGUCUGGGUGGCUUCUUUUGUGUCUAGUUCUUCAUAUACAGCAAGUACUUUGCCAGAUAUCACAAACGAGGACUUCAUCAAAGAAUGUGUUCAAGUUCACAACCAGCUUCGGUCAGAAGUGAACCCGACAGCCCGGGAUAUGCUGUACAUGUCUUGGGACCCAAAACUAGCCCAAAUUGCAAAGACAUGGGCAGCAUCUUGUACAUUUAAACACAACCCACAGCUUCAUUCGCGGAUACACCCAAAUUUCACUGGCCUGGGAGAAAACAUCUGGUUUGGCUCUCUAUCCCUCUUCUCAGUAUCUUCAGCCAUCUCUGCCUGGUAUGAAGAAAAUAAGAACUAUGACUUCAGCACUAUGACAUGUACAAAAACAAAAGUCUGUGGCCAUUACACUCAGGUUGUUUGGGCAGAGAGUUACAAGCUUGGCUGUGCAGUGCAACUUUGCCUUAAAAACGCGAUUUUUAUAUGCAACUAUGGACCACCAGGAAAUUACCCAACGCAGCCAUAUAAGCAAGGAGCCACUUGCAGUAACUGCCCAAGAGAUGACAGGUGUCUGAACAACCUCUGCAGUAAGUAAGAUAAUAAAAACUUUCCAUAGAAUUAAGGUAUAAGCAUGUGUUUUGAGCUGGUCUUGGUAUGAUCCAGAAAGCAGCUCAAAACACUAGGCAUAAAGAAAUGAUGCACACGCAGAAGUCUGGAGGGUAAUGCUGCAGAUCUACAGGUCUUGCAUCUCUCCAGACUGGUAUGUAAGCCAGACUAGCCAAAGCUGGGGCUGCAGAGAAAUGAGGGCAAUCUGUGGCAAGAUUGUGGAGACCUGGGAAUCUUCACUCAGUAGCUAAUCUCUAGAAAGCUGUAACAAACCAAUCAGAUGGUUACUUUAACAGACUGCCCUUUAAGAUGUCUAUUUUCCAGUGUGAAGGGAGCCAAAAGCUACUGCAGCUAUGUCAAUCCCAUGGUUCUUUGCUGCCACACCUGUCAGACUGCCUCACGGCAGCAAGGCUGGGAUAGGAGUGCUUAGAAGGAAGGGGGCAACAUUAAUUGUGACUUCUGAUAAGCCGGAUGCCCUGCUGAGACCCCAGUGUCCCGCUGGGUUGGAUGAGAAGCUGCUACAUCAUUCAUCAUAAGCAGUUUCCUUACCCGUGGGGAGGAGCUAACAAACCUCUUUAAUUAAAGGAAAUACUUUAAUUGCGUUAUUUAAAACAAAUCAUAUUUUAAUCUUUCGUUUCAAUCAUAGCUCAAAGUCAAAUGCAUCUGGUAGCUGUGGGCAUAUUAAACUUUUCCAUUCAUUCUGAUAGUAUUUCUUUUGUACAAAAAUUCACAGAUCAAGUUUAUAUAAAAAGACUAAAAAAACACCAUACUGACCCAGCAGCAAAAACUGGGUUGAUCUUUGAAAAUCAUUGUACUGAAAACCCAGAUCAAGCUCAUGGUUGUGAGAAAUAACUAGAAACAUUGCUUCCCCUAUACCUAACUUUUUCUUAAUUCUGGUUUUACAGUUAACCCACGACGAGAUCAGGUCUCACGUAUGUAUGCAAACCCUAACAGUUUUCACGGGGCACUGUGUAGGCUGGGUUAGCAUGUCAUGAGAGACUGAGUACACUCUUGUUUGUUUCACAGGUUACUACUCUGUUGAUUAUCCAGAUUGGCCUAUAUAUCUACGGAACAGAUACACAUCUCUCUUUCUCAUUGCUAAGUCAGUUCUUCUAUUACUGUCUGUUAUACUUACCAUUUGGGUAAAGCACAAAUAUCCUAACUUAGUUCUUUUGGACUAACGCCAUGGUUGGGGAACAGCUUACUCAUAUGUGGCUAUUUUAAAAUCUUUCAAUAAAAUCUUAGUCAAAAGAACUUAGUUUUCUAAGUUUACAGAGUUAACUUGUCUUUCUACAUUAUGAAUUCCGACUGCCCAGGUUCCUACAGGUAGGCUUUCAGUAAGGUACUCCUGGGAAAUUUAACAGAUUUCCAGAUCUGUGAGUCUGAUAAUUCUAAGUCCAAUUGCUGUCAAAAAUACUUGCUGCUCUUGUAAAGCCCCGGUGUCUGAUUUCCAGCCCCAACACUGUGUUAGCACCCACAGCUCUAGUUCCAGUGGAUUCUAUGCCCUCCUCUGGCCUCAGUGGGGGCGGGGACCAGGUAUGCAGAUGCUUACGUGUAGGGUAAAUAACCAUAUACAUUUUUCUGGUAUCAUUUCCUCAGUCAGAAUAAAUUUGACUUAGAGGCCUUGGA